UGUAAAUAAAAGGAAUAGUACUGUAGAAAAGGAAUAAUAAUAAAUAAUAUUUAACUUAAAAUUUAAUAUUUGACAUUACAAAAUAUUUCUUGCAAAAUAUAGCGUGUUAUAGUUGCUUUGUUUAAAAGAGAAGGGCAAUAAAAAUGCAAUGUCGUGUUUGCAUGCAAACUAAAUGCCAUAUCCUGCUUGACAUGGGCAUUGUUGGCACAGAGGAUGGCAAAACUCUUUAUGAUUACUUCAAUGAAUGCACCCAGCUAGAGGCAUCGGCUAAUGAUAAUUUUCCAAACACACUUUGUAAAAUUUGUGCCCAAAAACUCCAAAUAGCCUAUAACUUUAGAAAAUGUGCCCGCCAGUCGCAUGCAGAUUUCAAGAAACUUCUAACAACGCAAAAAAUGGAGGCAGAAUCGGUUCAUAGUUCGACUGAGGAAUUGUACGCUUUUAAUGAUAUGGAGGAAAGUACUGACGACCCUUUGGAUAUGGAGUUUAAUGAAGCCGUCAAGGCCUUAAGGGAACCUGAACUAGAAUUUCCUCUUGAAGACGAUUGUAUAGAUGAGUCUUCCCCCCAAUUUUUUGAGGAAACACAAGAAGAGGUGGAACGUGACAGAAAUCCUGAACUGAUAAACGAUAAUGAGCACGCCCCUGACCUACUAUGUGAGAUUUCAAACGAUAAUCUGUCGUUAACAGCAACGGCAAAAGAAUCAGAAAAAGAGGACUCCGGGGAAGAGAGUGAAACUGAGCCAAUUGAAAGAGUGGGGUACACCUGCGAGAUAUGUAAUUGUAUUUAUACCAUCAAAAACGAACUAAAAAAGCAUAUUUCAAAGCAGCAUAAAAGUGAAAUAAUUUGCGUAAAUUGUUCGAAGAUUUUCGAUAUGCCUCAUGAGUUAAGGAUACACAAAAAACUUGUUCAUGAGACCAAUUCACCCGUGCAGUGCGAUUUUUGCCAGGAAAAGCCUUUAAUGCCACGGAGUGAGCUUCUUAAACAUUUUCAAAGUAACCACAGCUCUCGCUAUUUUAAAUAUUUCCCACGUUUACGAAAGGGACGUGUUAAUAGCUUGGGGACACCUACUUUUAAAUGUAAAUAUUGUAGAAGCAUCUUUUCAUCCGCCUUCGAAUUGGAGGACCAUGUUAAAACUCAUGUAUUCAAAUGUCCAUUCUGCUCGAAAAAUUUUAGUAGAGUACGUACUUAUUAUACUCAUGCUAAACGUCUACAUAACUGCUCUGCGAGUAGUUUUCCACCUACGCCGUUCAUCGUUGAAGGUGUUGAAGUUGAAAAAGACAAGCCAAUUGAAUGCAAAGCAUGCAACAAAAGCUAUAGAAAUCUGGGCUCAUAUAAUACACAUAUUAAACAAAAACAUAAAAAGCGAGUGGGUUCAAAUGCUAUGAAAACAACUACGGUCCAAACAAAUACACAAAAACAAAGUACCCUCAUUGAAACAAUAAAAUCUUCAGUUGAUCCUGUACAAAGAAAAACCAAUGAAUUCAACCAAGUUGUCACGACGGAUGAGUCUCAUCAAAAUACACAGAUUUAUGGUAGCCUAAAUAAUAAACAAUUAGAAGAAGAUAAUCAAGAGCAACAAGAAUCAACUAAAGGAAAUUGGCACGAAGAUGGUAGCAAGUUCAAAGAAAAGAAGAGAUACCUCUGUUCAUUUUGCCCUCGUGUAUUAUCUACUAGUCUUGCUUUGGAAUCACACGAAAGAAAACAACAUUUAAAUAUAAAAACUGAACUUAAGGAAUGUCCAAUAUGUCAGAAAAAAUUGAAUCCGGAUUACAUAAGAAGACAUGUCGAAAUGGUGCAUAUCGGAGACCGUAAAUUUACUUGUGAUAUUUGUAACGAUUCAUAUAAAAGUCAUACCCAACUUAGUCGACAUAAGCUGUUGCACAAGAAGGUACGCAAUUUUCCAUGCACUGCAUGUGAUAAGAGAUUUACUGAAAAAUCGGAACUCAAAGUUCAUAUGAGAGUUCACACAGGUGAACUGCCAUUCGCGUGCCAUUUGUGUGAUCGUCGGUUCAGAAUUAAAGUUCGUCUCACUUAUCAUUUGCAACAUCAUGCUAAUAUAAAGCGAAAAUGUAAAGUGUGCGACAAAGAGUUCAAAAAUGGCACAUCACUACGAAUUCAUUCAUGGGCACAUACAGGCGUAAUGCCAUAUAGAUGUCUUGUUUGCGAUUAUGGUUGUGUGAAGCGUGAAUAUUUUACGAGACAUAUGCAGCGAAAACACGACACAACUAUGACGGCUGAUGAGUUAUUUGCUAUGUUCAAAGAGAAUACUGGUCGUUCUCCCUACGUGAAACCGGUUGAGGACACAGAAAACAUGGACACAAAUUCAGAUCAUGGAGAGAACCCAGACUAAUUUGGUUAAAUACAUGCAAUAAUUUUUAAA